AUGGUAUAUCCAGAAAUGGACCAGGUUGGUAUUAUUCAUUAUAUUCCUCAUCAUGAAGAUAUACGGGGACAGGCAACUGAAAAUAAUAUUGAACAUUAUCGGUUUCACCGUGUCCCAUUCGGAGUUAUAUCUUCACCAUUUUUGUUAUCGGCUAUGGUUAACACCACUUGGAAAAUUAUGGACCAGAGAAUAUGGAAAGAUUUUGCGGAUAAAAUAUGCGGAUGGCCAAUAAGUGAAAGAAAUACCACGCGUCGCAAUUGUCCCAUCACAAUUUACAAGAAUUCAUGUCUUCUCAGCUGCUUUCUCAGUUGCUUAUGCUGUUCUUCGGUAUACAUUAUUCAAGAUAAGAAAGCUUCCUUGGUUUUUGUCAAGUCGAGAAUUGCUCCCAUCAAAAAUGUGAUUAUUCUAGGAUUAGAAUUAUUAGCCGAACUCAUAGGAAUAUGUGCUGUGCAAAAGGAAGAAGAAAUAAUUAAAUGGAAUCUAUACAACGAAGGAAUAUGGAAAUCUAAAGGUGGUCUAGAAAAUUCAGAAUUAGAAGAACAAGAAUUGCAUCCCAUAUAUCUUCCUAGAGAAAAUCGCAUAACCGAAGACUUCAUACAACAACAAUACGAAAAAAUGUUUCGUGCUAGAACGGCCCAUACGACCUCAAGUUUAAAAGGUUUUGGAUGCCAAAAGGAAGAACAGAAAUCAAUGCAUUUAGAAUUAGAUAGUUUUUCUGCAGAAAGUUUCUUGAGUGUUUUCAAAAGAUUCGUCUCACGACGCGGCUGUCCAGCGAUAAUUUUAAUGACAAUGCGAGUCAAUUUCAGCAGGAAACUGCUAAAAGAAAAGGAAUUUAUGCCCUUAAUAGUGGAAAUAGAAAGUAUACUUAAUGCUCGUCCACUAACUUAUGCAAACUUUGACGAUUCCACAAUCUUAAGACCUAUAGAAUUUAUUAUACCAGACGUAUGUCUAAAAAUACCUACUAAUAAUACCGAUGAUCGAGAUACCUUCCACAAGUUAAACACUCAAGAGAAGCUUAUUAAAUACUGGGUAAGUACAACAAAAACUCUAGAUAUAUUUUGGGAAAAUAAGGAAGGAGGAGUACUUUACUAG